GACCCCUGCUGUAUGGGGGGGGACACUGAUGUAAGUGGGGGACCCUGAUGGGCACCCUGAUAUAAGGAUGGGGACCCUGUCCUGUACAGGGGCGGGACUGAAAACUCAUGGGGCCCCCGGGCAAUAGGGGAUCAUGGGGCCCCUGUGUCCUUGCCCAAACUCAAAAAAGCCUAUGAAAAAGGUACUCAUGGGGCCCCCUACUGACCCCGAGCCCUCGGGCAGUGCCCGAGUUUCCAAAUGGUCAGUUCGCCCCUGCUCCUGUAUGUAAGGGGGGGGGACUUGCUCUGGGGGGGGGUCUGGGAGGACUACUG